UUAUCCCAGUAUCCCAGUCCCAUGGAGAAACACGUCAUGGCUGUAGAAACAGUGGAAGAGAAAACAGAUUUGUCUACGGGGAUUAUUUACCGGAGGAGAAUUGCAAGGUGCCAGAAUGUAAUUCCUGAAAUUUUAAGAAAGGUCAGCAUCUUGAAAGUGCCUGACAUCUACUUGGAAGAGGAAUCUUGGCUUAAUAUGCAGAAAAGAAAUAUGGCGAUGAGGACUCAUUGUCUUACGUGGACACAGUAUGCGUCUCUGAGCGAGGAGUCUGUCUUCAGAGAGAGCCUGGAGAAUCCGAACUGGACAGACUUCACACAAAAAGGCAGAAUUUCAGUUACGGGGGCAGGUUUGCUCAACUGGGUGUUGGAAGCUUUUGCUCAAUCGUUUUUAAAACAAGGUGUGAAGAAGGGUAUUAAAAUAAUGGAGACACUUCUUCAGGAGCAGCGUGGGUGA